AUGGCAGAUGUUAGGAGGAGAAAAGCCACCGCCCAAGAACUAGAACAGGGUCAGGAGGAGAUCAGGUUGGCUGAUGCAAGGUUUCGUAAGGAGGCUGUAGAGAGAGGUGAAAAGGCACUAGAGGAUGGACCCGAAAAAGGGACUAGUGAAGAAGCUGAGGCUAUGAUGUCCCCACCCAUUGAGGAUAAGAGGGAUAGUAACCCUAAGGGUACCCCAGCCAGAAGUCCAGACGAGGGUUCAGCCAGCAAGCCACUGCAGCCGCCCACUGAUCCGCCACCUCAACCACCUGAGCUGGGUAACGGUGACACCUCCUACGGCAUGCGCGACCAGAAGAUGAAUGAAAAUGUGGAAUCAGGGUCUUUGACUGCGGAACGACCUCUGAGGAGCGAGAUGGCAACUCCUGGAGGACCGAUGUCAGAGGCUGCAACUCCAGGAGGGUUUUUGGGUCCACAAGUUCCGUUGUUUUCAGAAGAGCAGUUGCGGAAUUUUGCAUUCAUUCAUAGCCAAGCACCAUGGCUGUACGGAAACCCACAGUCCAUUUUCACUGGUUCUGUUCCGCGUCCUACGUUUUUGGAUGUUGACGCCCCAAGAGUUGCGCAGAGUCAGAUGGAAAGAGAUGUGGAAUUUUUGAAGUCUCAGAUUGCUAGGGACAGAGAUGAAAAGGAGGAAUUCAGAAAACAGAUCCAGUCGUUGACAGCAGAGAAUCAACGGUUGAGGUCCAAGGCGAAUGGUGAUGAGAAAGUUUCCAAAGAAGAAGAACUUAGGUUUUCUACUCCUGAGGAACAGACUUCGAAGCCGAACUCAGGUCAUCCGGAGGACGAUCAAGACUGGCUGAGGCGACGAAGCACUGAGAAGACCGAAAGUUCCAAGGAGGCUGGCAGACCACCAUUCCUCCCUGAGGCUGCAGAGUUCAAGGAGGCUGCAGACUUUAAGACCCCCAAGGAGGCUGAAAGACCCCCAAAAGGGAGAACUGAGGAUUCAGAAGAAGGUGCGCAGAAGCCGAGCUCUGGUCGAAGUGUGCCCCAGUCCGGUGAAGCCACGUUCACCGAAAAAUCCAUUGAGUUCAUGAUGAUCAUGAUGGAAACCAUGAAGGACUUGCAGAAGAAGGUCAGUGAGUCGAAGGAGGAAUCAGGGAUGGUUAGGGGCGUCGAGAUUGUGAGAACCGGCGUUCCUGAUCUGCCAACUCUACAACCCUGGACUCCGAGUCAAGGACCUUUACAACUUGGAGAUUGGCUGCUGACAGUGGAGCCAAUUGCAGCUGAUUUGUCAGCCACAUCGGAGAAGUGGUGGGCAUUGAUGGUGAAGUCGGCGGAGGACUGGUAUCAAAGACAUAUGGCCAUGUCUCCAUUGGACAGAGUUCAACACGAUGUCAGACCACCGCAAGAGGUGAACUUGGAGAAAUGGUCGAGAUUGGAGCGACGGAUGGCAUCACUUCUUCUUCAAGCAGUUCCCGAAGUGGUGAAGGAGGAGCUGAUUUCGGCCAGAAGAUCGAGCGUUUUUGGGAUUCUGACGCAGCUGUUGCUGACCUACUGCCCGGGCGGUGUGCUGGAGAAGCAAACAUUGCUCCGCGGUUUGGAGGAUCCUAUGGAAGUUGCAACGAUGGCCGAAGCUCCUUCAGCGAUCAGAAGAUGGCUUCGCUGGAAGUUGCGGUCUCAGGAGAUAGGUGCUGUGACUCCGGACCCUGCACUCCUUCUCAAGGGUCUGAACAAACUUACCCGCAAGGUGCUGGAGUCCAACAAAGAACUUCAAUUUCGGGUUAGAUUGGCCCGAAAUUCCCUUGGAGUGGACACAAGACCUACCGACAUCACCGUCAAUCAGUUUGCAACACAUCUCUUGGCGGAGGUUGAGCAGGUUUCCUUAGCAGAAAAAAGAGCUGCUUCCGUGGGGACGAAGGGCGAUGUGAAGCUCAAGGCCAUGGAGGUGGACAAAGGGAAAGGUAAGGGUAAAGACAGGCUGGAGGGUGAUGAGAAGCAGAAGCCCAAAUGCAAGUUUUACCUCACCGAUGGAGGAUGUCGGAAAGGAAAAGAAUGUGGAUUUAGCCAUGAUGUGAGAGAUGAGAAGAGGCGUCGCUACACAUGCGGCAGCGUGGAUCACUUGUCUCCUUCCUGCACCAGAUCGAGGGGCCCAUCAUCUGAGACGAGCCCUACCAAACCCAGAGUGGCAAAGGUCGAGGGGGAGGACAAGGGAUCGUCAGGAAAGGAUCCUGAAGUUAGCAGCCAAGCUAGCUCAGACAGUGCAUUGAAAGAUCUUUUGGAGGAGGCGAACAAGAUGCUGAGGUCUUUGUCGUCAAAACCAUCUUCAAGCCAAGCGUCUUCUGGGGGAAGCACUCAGGAGGAUGAACGCAAAGAUGUGAUGGAAAGGCUUCAGCAACAGUUGAAGGCUAUGAAAGCUUUCAAGAUGAGGAGAUUGGCCACAGGAGCUGAUGUGGGAUUGGUUGAUUCAGGGGCGACUCAUGCACUUCGCCCUUGCAGAGAUGGUGAGAAUGUCCAGGAGUAUCCACUGGUUGAUGUUGGCCUAGCGGAUGGAAGAGCUGUGAGGCUACGCAUGGCGCCUGGAGGAUCAAUGAUUGCCCCUUCGCCGGCGAUUGAGCCGAUUGUGCCGAUGGGACAGCUGACGGAGGUGCUGGGGUGCCAGAUUGUUUGGAGUCAUGGAGAAAUGCAGUUGAGGCAUCCAGAAAAAGGGGACAUUCCAAUUCAGAUGAAGGAGGGAUGCCCACAUCUUGCAAAGUCUACAGCAUUGGAUUUGAUUGCGGAGAUUGAAGAUGCGAAGGUUGGUAUACCAAAGACCCUUGGUGAAUACGAUGAGGAGGUGUGCUGGAUGAAAAGAUUGGUGGAACAACACCCAGUGCUGUCGUCUCUCCCAGAGUACAUCAAGGAGAAACUUGUGGUCUGUCCAGGAGAGUGGUCUGCCCUUCCUGGAAAUCGUCAUCAGCGGAAAAGGUGGCGACGGGAUGGGAUGAUGGUUCAUUUGUUUGCUGGACCUGAUUCUGGUUUUACUUUGAAGAAGGCACUACGUCAGCUGGGUGGACCUGAUGACAAGCUGCUGGAGGUGGAUUUGAAGAGAGGUUCACACCACGAUGUUAUGACAGAUGAGGGUGUCUAUGCUGGCCUGAUUCGAGCCGCGAUUGAGUCCAAGGUUUUGGCCGUGGUGGCUGGUCCAAAUUGCAGGACACGCAGCCUACUUCGUCAUGUUCCAAUUCCGGGGCAGCCCAACGCACCUCGCCCAAUCAGGAGAUGGGGUGGAGAAGAGUUUGGGGUGAAAGAGGCCACGGAGGAGGAGAUUCAGAAGUUGCAUGAGGAUGAUAUCAUGAUGUGGCGAUGCAUUUUUCUUUUCAUGCUGUCAACUUACAUGAGAAGGGCGAGAAAGUUGGAUGAUUGGGUGGCGUUUGGACUUGAACAACCAGCGUCGCCAAGGGACUAUAUGCCAGAGGUUGUCAGUUUCUGGGACACCCAGGAGUGGAAGGCGAUUGCGAGCGAGUUUGCCUUGGAAGAGAUCACUUUCAAGCAGGGCGCUAUGGGAGGAGCUUCUCCGAAACCUACAACGUUUGGUGGAAACUUGGAGCUGAACGUGGAUGUCUUCCAAAGAAGGAGUUUUGGGAGCCCUGUCAAGGUCUCGAGCUCAACUGAUUUGUCAAGGUGGGCUCCGGGAGUGAUGUCUAUGGUGUCUUCAGCGCUGAUUCAACAGGUAUGUCAGUCUGGCAUGAAACUGAAGUCCUUGACAUGGGAGGAACAUUUGGAGUUCAGACACGCUCCUUACCGACGUGUGCUGUCAAUAGACACUGCUGGUCCACUGAAGCCAGCCUAUGACUCCGGUGGAGCUAUGGCACGGUAUUUCCUUGUGGGUGCUUUGACAUGGAGGGUGCCUAGAGGAACAGACAAGCUGAAGGAUCCACCAGAAGAGGAUCUCCCAGAUGACGCUCCAAUGAUUGAAGCAGAAGGAGAAGAUGGUGAAGUUCAUGAUGAGGUUCAGGAUGAAGUUCCACCGGAUGAGGACGGGUCGGGGAGAGGAGCCCUGGUCCAGCUCUCCGGCGAAGCGCCGGGUGAUGAGAGGAGCCACCCUGGUGAAGGAGCAGAGCCAGCUGAGCCGCUCCAGACCCAUGGCCCUCCGACGUUGGAGGAAGCCACCGAAUUGCGAGUCUUUCGCAUGGCCUUGCCGAUGAAAUCAAAGAAGGCAAGAGAAGUUGUGGCCACGGUGAUGGAGUUUGUCUUGCGUUUGAGGUCAGAGGGGUAUCACAUUGGGAGGAUCCACUCAGACCAGGGCCACGAGUUUGCGGGUGAGUUCAGGAGGUGGGCAUUGCAGCGUGGAAUCUACCUGACGAGAACGGCAGGUGAUGAUCCUCGUGGAAAUGGAAGAGCGGAGGUUGCUGUGAAGGCCUUCAAGAAUUACAUCAGACGGACGUUGAGACAGGCGUCGGUAGAUGCGAAAUGGUGGCCCUGGGCACUACGAUACUCCAACGAGGUCCAAAGGUGCAUUCGAAUGGGAACGAAGCCGGAUUGGCCUAGAUUCCUUCAAGAAGUGAGGGUGAGGAAAAGAACAUGGAAGAAGGACGAUUUGUCGUCACGUGUGGAGACAGUGCAGUAUCUCUGCCCUUCCAUUGAAAAUCAUGGCCAUUGGAUCUACAAGUCUGGUGAAGCUCCAAGGCUGACGAGGUACAUCCUGGCGCCAACGACAGAGCCUGAGGAUGACACGGUUUGGGUUGCAGUUGAACGUGAGGGCCGAGAUGCUCAGGAGCAGAGGAGGAGGAUCAGAGGUAAGUCCACCUUGAGAAAGAUGGAAGCUUCCUUGAUGAGUUCCGAAGAAGUUGAAGAAGAGGAAAAGAAGAUUGAAGUGCGAAGGGUGAUGAAGUUGGUUGAGGAGGAAAUGCAGACUCUCAUCAACGAGGACCCUGAGAUUGCAGCAGACGAGGAGGUUCUUCGAAACUGGAGUGAAUGGGAACCUUCCAUCAGAAGUGAGGUGGAAUCUUUGACGGUGGAGAAGUCAGCACUGAAGCCGUUGACGAAGGCAGCAGUUGAGGAGCUGAAGCUUCAAGCACAGAAAGAGAGGAAGAAGUUGGAAAUCUUGCCCUCCAAGAUGGUGUUUACGAUCAAGCCAGGUGGGAAGUUGAAGAGCAGGUGGGUUGUCUGUGGGAACCAUGAAGAGAAAAAGGAGGGGGAAGAGACCUACUCCACAGGCGCAGACGCGACCACUUUGCGUCUUUUGGUUUGGACGUCAACAAAGAUGGGUUGGUGUGGAUGCGUGCUUGAUGUGCGCACAGCGUUUUUGAAUGCUGAAAUGGAGCAGUCGCCUGAGGAGGAUUUGCUGCUGAUUCAGGCUCCACAUGUUUUGAGAGAGGCCAAGUUUUUCAAAGGAGAGGCACUUUUUCUGCCGUUGAGGGCGGUUUACGGGUUCCGAAGAUCUCCAAGAUUGUGGGGACUACACCGUGACCGAACCAUGAGAGACAUGAAGAUUUCGGUUGUGUUGGAUGGCAGAAAAGAGAUGCUGGUCUUGAAACAGUUGGAGUCGGAGCAGAAUCUUUGGAAGGUGGUUGUUUUGAGAAAGGGCUUUCAAGAAGAUUUGGAGGAUGAGUUUGUCUCCAAUGGCCGGGUGGUUGGACUGGUCAUGACGUAUGUGGAUGACAUCCUGAUCACCGGCAGGAGGGAGGUCAUGGAGUCAGUGACACAGCAGCUCCAACAGACCUGGAGCACCUCAGUUCCAGAAGAGAUCGGAGAAAAGCCAGUCAGAUUCCUGGGCAUUGAGAUCACCCGUUGUUUGGCAGAGGGGGAGGAGAGAAUGCAUUGGAGUCUGAAUCAACAGGCUUACAUCAGAGAUCUUCUUGGAAGGUAUGAGGAUGGAGAGAAGGUGAGAAAGAUUCCCAUCACAAGGGAUCAAGCUGCCAUGAGUCAGGACGUGACCCCACCGACACCAGAAGGGGUCAAGUCAUGUCAGAAGGUCAUUGGAGAGCUGCUCUGGUUAGUCACUCGUACACGACCAGACCUGAUGUUUGGAGUUUCAAGAACGGGCGCGAGUGUUCUCAAGUCCACUCAUGCCAUACAAGAGACAGCCAAGCAGAUACUCAAGCUUUGCCCGGAGUCAGAUGAGUCGCAUGGGUCUUUCAUUGUUUUGGCCAAUGGAAGUUCAAUGUUUUGGAGAAGUGGCCGCCAAUCUGCGGUGACCUUGAGCACGGCAGAGUCGGAGCUCACGGAAUUGGUGGAGGCGAUGGUGGCGGGCGAGUCAGUCUAUGCCAUCAUCUCGGAGUUGUUUGCCGAGGUCAACCGCAUCGCACUUUGCGAUUCUCAAGCUGCUUUGGCGAUCCUUUUGGCAGAAGGAGGGAGCUGGCGCACCAGACAUUUGCGCCUGCGUUGGUCAUUUGCGAGGCAGGCAGUCUUGAGGGGUGAUUGGCAGGUUGGUCAUGUGCCUGGAGAGCGCAUGAUAGCAGACAUCGGAACCAAAGCUCUGGCAUCGACGCGACUGGAGCUUCUCAAAGAAAUGCUCGGCAUGAAAAAGACUGGGCAUGUGGAAGUUGAGGAUGCAGGAAAGAAUGAAGAGAAGGGGAAGAAGAUCCCUUCACAGCCACAGGGACCAGAAGUUGCCACUUUGGCUUUGCGGCUGAUCACUUUAGCAGCCACUUUGCAGAUGUCAAAAGCCAUGGAUGAUGAAGAGGAAGAAUCUUCAGCCGAAUUCAAUCAGCUGAUGAUGAUCUACACCAUUUUGGUUGUGAUGGCCACCUUGGGUCUUCAAGCUUUGUGGAAGGUAGGAGUAAGCUCAGCCUGCAGUAGCUUGAGGAAUUGGUUGCUUGGCGGCGAGGGCCGAAGUCUCCCUGCGGAGCCUGAAGAACCUGAGGUCAGAAGGCCAAACAUGGAGGAGUUGAUGACAUCAAUGGGCCGCGCUGAGGACGGGUCGGGGAGAGGAGCCCUGGUCAUGGUGUGA